AUGGAGGAUGAAGAAGAAGAAUCUGAAGAGGAAGAGGAAGAAGAGGAACUAGAGGAGGAAGUCUUCACCCCUCCUUACAUCGCCAGGGUGCCUGCGAACCAUGUCGGCUACAAUGGUCCUAAGCCCCAUUGGGCAACAAUGAUCGAGAGGUGGAGCCGACAACAAUGCCAACGAUCACCAUAUGGCGACCAACGUGGUUACUACGAACUCAGCCACAGGGGACCGGCUAAUAGACCUCUCCCCGUCAUGGUCCAGCAUAUCACGAAUUUGGGGAACCAGAGUAGGGAAAUGGCAGAUCAAGUUCGGAAUCUCAAUGCUGUUACAGAAGCCACCGAUGCACGCACCAGGGAGUUGGAAAGGGACUUCUAUCCAGUGGACCAACUUAUCGAGGACCUUGUUGCCGCUCGAGCGGAGGUUGACCCGCGAUUAAGUGAUUACACUAGUCAAAGGGCUUUUGUGAUGCCAAAAACUAUCCUUUACAUUGAUGUAAUGUGGACCCCUAUGAGAAAAAUGCCACCUCGUAGAUCUGCUACAUGCACUGAGAGAACACAGCAAACAAAUUCUCCCCCGCCGACUCCCCAGUAUGAUUCUGUUAUGUUCCAGGUUGCGGUUACAGCCGCAGUGGCAGCUGCAAUGUCCCAAAUCAGCACUGACGGUGCCAGGAGGAUAGGGAGCGGUAUUAACAUCUCUACUCAAGGAGAUAGCCAAGGGCGUUCGAGAUAA